AAAACCACGCUGAGACAGAGGGAAGGAAACGUAUACGCAGACGAACCUCAACCUGCACCCGAGGGACCCCUAUAGGCACCCACAAUCUCACCCGAAAACAGCAGACGGUGAGACCAUGAAGACUGUGGUGGCUCUGCUGCUGCUCUGUCUCUGUGAUCCUGGACGGAGUGACUGCCAGGCAGACUGCAUGUCCUGCAGCAACAUCCUGCCCAAACAGCUCAGUUUCAAUACUUUGGUGUGUCUCACUGAGUGUGAAGCCAACAUCUCCCCAGCUUUCUCCUGGGACUUCUGCCGUAAGGUGCUGUCGUCGCCAAUUUCCACACUUGCUGCUACCUUACAGAAAAGAUCUCAGGAGGAGGUGGAGGCCCUGUUUCCUGAGGAGGAGGAACAGGUGGAGGGUGGUCUGUUGCUGCCCUUUGCGUUACAGAGGUAUGAUCACGUGACCAGGGCACUCGGGAUGGACGAGAGGGAUCUGGGUGGAAAGCUGAACACUGCCUACAACUCCCAGGCUGCCCUGUCUCUUGAUGAUGAGUAUGAGGAGGAGGCUGGGCAGGAAGAAGGGGCUGCUGACAUGGCAGCAAGAGGACAGGGAGAUGUCGGGCUGAGCGUCUCCAAGAGGUUCGGCGGCUUCGUCAAAGGGAGGCACGGUUACAGAAAGCUGGUGUCUCCAGGAAGAUCGUACCAGAAGAGGUAUGGUGGCUUCAUCGGCAUCCGGAAGUCUGCACGCAAGUGGAACAACCAAAAACGUUUCAGCGAGUUCCUGAAGCAGUAUCUGGGGAUGAGCACGAAAGCCACUGAGUUCAACAGUGUGUCAGAGGACCUCACCCAACAGAAUGAAGUUUAACAGACUCCACCUUUACGCUACUGACAUAAAACUAUUUAUCGAUGUAUUUUCACUGAUUUUGGUUUUUAUUUCACCAACAUGUCAAACCUUAACUGGUCACCAAUGAAGCUAAGUAAUUUACCAAAAGUGAAAGCUAAGCCUGAUAUCUACUCUACUCUACUCACACUGUUUUAAGUUUUCCAUCUCUUUUAAUCAUGACGCAAACAAUUUGCCUUUAAUUAUCAGUCUUUUAUAUAUUUUCAUAAAAACUCCCUCAGAGCUGUGGGACUCCAUAUUCCCUGGCAUGGAUGGAUCAUUUAAAUCAGGCACAGGCCCAGGGGCCCAAAGUGUUGGCCUUCAUCUACAAAAUGUCACUCAAAGAGACAUCUCCCAACCAGGAGGAGACUCUACAUGAUCAUAAAAAACAUAAAACAAAUACAAAGGCACACAAAGGGGCCGAAACAACCACAAACAGAAGCAAAAUAGCUGAAAAGUGACACAAAAAGACACAACCACCAAGAGACACGAAAUGAAAACAAAGGGACACAAUUUGACUCUAUAAAAGGGGCAAAUCAAUCAGAUAAAUAACUAGAAAAAGACCAAAACGAAUACAAAGUGACACAAGAAAGACACAAAAUGACAACAAAGAGUGUCAAAAGGGGAUCAACAACUCUAAAGUCUAUGUGUCUUUCUCCCAUGUAGAAGAGGUGGUGGGUCAUUUAGACCUCCCUUUUGCUGCCCCUUGUGGGACCUGCCAGUUAAAUUACCAUAUUUCAUUUUAUUUGGGUGCCCAAGAUCUUGUCCUCAUGAGCUUUAAAGAAACAGGAAUUCUUGGUAGUCCUGCAGUGGUAUGCAGUAAAAUGUAGGCAUUAUUUUGCUCUGAAAUGUCGUAACAUUGGCAUAUGUAUUGUUUUUCUGAUUCCCUGUGUUGUAUAGUUUUAAUUACCAAUUGAUUACUGUGCUUAGUCAUCUGUGCAAAGUGCCAAACCUUCUUACAUGGAGUCCUCUGGCUUUGGAGGGUCAAAGUGUGUAGGAUGUCUAGUAGGACAGUUCUCUUUAUUAUACUACCAUCUUGUGGCCAAAUGCAGUCUCUUUUAAAAGAGUGUUGUUGUUUUUGGCAUUAUGGUUUGGGUAAUGUCAGCAGUGAUGUAGAGUUUAUUGUAUGUGAUUUGUGGUAAAUAAAUAAAAAUAUGAAAAAACACAGCUAGAAGUCAUGAUUUAUCACUAUGCCAAACACAGCUGAGACAGGGCAACUAAGGCAGGUUUUAUGAAAAAAGAUUUCUCCUUCAAUCUGGUGCAAUUGUGAAGUGAAAGACAAUAUAUCAUUCAAUAUGCAGGUGUAUAUGCUACUGAUCUGUCUGCCAAACUGAUGUUAUGUACAAGUGAGCAUCAUCUCUGACUGACUCUUGUGUCCAGAUUCCUGUAUGUACAAACAAUGUCUCAUAUUUUUUUUCUUCAAACUGUAAUGGUGUGAAUUGUUUCCCACUAUGAGAACUUGUAAAUAACUGAAUUUAAACAUGUCAAUAAAAAUAGUUUACUAUUUCCUUCGUGGCUUGUUAUGCAGCAACUGA